AUGGAACUUGAUGUCUCAAGACCGGAAGAGAUCGAGGCGAUGUUUGGAGAGCAAGGACUACCAGACGAGUUCCGCGACGUGGAUGUGCUGGUCAACAAUGCAGGCUUCAUGUCAGGCGUCGAACAAGCACCUGACAUACCGACACACGUAAUUCAGGAUGUAUGGGCAACGAAUGUGCAAGGUGUGAUCAACAUGACGCAAGCAGUGAUGAAGAUAUUCAAGAGGCGGCCAGACGGCGGCAAGGGUGAUAUUGUGAUGUUAGGAAGUAUUGCUGGGCGAGAGGCUUAUGUUGGUGGAUCGAUAUACUGCGCUAGUAAGGCAGCGGUUCGGGCAUUCACUGAUGCUUUGAGGAAAGAGUCGAUCAGCACACGUAUCCGAAUCAUCACAGUAGAUCCCGGGCAAGUCUUGACAGAGUUCAACGACAUCCGGCAUCGCUUUGACAAAGAGAAAGCAGAUAAGGUUUAUGCCGGUUGCGAUCCGCUCACUCCAGAUGACGUUGCUGAACUCAUAGUAUUUGCAUCCAGUAGACGGGAGAAUGUCGUCGUUGCAGAUAUGCUUGUGUUCCCGAAUCACCAGGUAAUAGAUCUGGUCAACUGA